UGCAUCGUGAUUUCAUCCGAGCGCAGCUGCGAGACACGCUGGAAUCCAAACAGGCUUUUUUCUUUUUUUUUUAUUUGCAAACGUUUAUUUCUGAGGCUUUUCCUCUCAACAUUAUCCUCGUGCAAUGCUUGAGUGUUUUCUGUCUCACUACAUGAGUUGGAUUUUAAUACUGUGAAGCCUCAUGGAAUCAGAUGCCGGACGGGUUUGGUCUCCUGCUGGAUUAAAAGCAUCAUUCAGUCAGUUCAACACCGCGCACAGCAACUGAGCUCUGAGGUUGUGUCAGAAGAGCAGGCAAGGAUGAAACUGAAGCCCAGUAAAAGAGAUUCCCCCUGGGGGAGCCAUAGACAGAUGUGGUGCCCCUGGAGCCACUGACCCUGUGUCUGAAUGAUCUAUGGAUAGAGACCACCAGCCCUCAAGAGUCAAUCUUCCAUUGGCAGACACGAACAAAUGUUACUUGGUAAUUGCGGAGUAUCUACAGUCUGAACAUUUGGUUCCUGGGCUGCAUUUUCUCAAAGAUAUCUUGCCGUUACAAGAAAAACGACCCACCACAACUGUGCUUAGACGUUAAACUCUGACUCGGUAAUUGUUGAGCACCUACAGUCUGAACAAUCAGUUCCUGCACUCACAUUUUCUCAAAGCGCACCUCAAAGUUCCCUUCAUGUUACAAGAAAAACGGCCAACUCACAAUCCAGCAAAUGCAUGCAAAGCUUCCGGGAAAGCCCAUGUAUCCUCACAUCACCUUCUAAUUGCAUGACCGUGAAAGAGGAAAGUUAUGGCGUCUCAUUGAGAAUGCUGAGGUCGGGCAGGCGUGCGGUCUAGCAGGAUCAAUACAAGCCCGCUGAUUAAUAGGCAGAUUUCUCCUCCAUUUACUGUGUCAGAGAAGAAUCAUCUGCCAAGACCAAGAUUGUGAAUUCAGGUCUCUUCGGUCUUUAAGAGUUGCAUUUCCAUUGCAAAGUAAUCCUGCUCUGGACCUUUUUGGAACUUUGUAUCAUUUAACACUACUUCUUCAGAUUUGCAAUCAAUACGACCGUAGCAAAGCAGUGUGAAUCAAAUUGUCAGUCUGAAGCAAUUGGCUUUUUGUGGAAUAAGUUCUUUUUACUUUAUGAUAUUGGGCAUGCAAAUGCCUUCAAAGUUCACUGAACUGGGAUGAAAAAGCAGCCUCUCCAACUACGCAGCAAAGGUUGAAACAAGGUCUCUUCAGUCUUUAAGAGUUGCUUUUCCAUUGCAAAGUAAUCCUGCAUUGGACUUUUUUGGGGGUGUCCUUUAACACUGCUUCAAACUUACAGUCAGUAUGACCCUUACAAAGCAAUGAGUCAAACUGUCAUUUGGGAGCCAUUGGUUUUUUUAGUAGAAUAAGUUCUUUUCACUUUUUGUCCUGAGUCAAGGUUACGAAAUUUUGGAAAUGCAAAAGCCUUCAAAGUUCACCAAACUAGGAUGAAAAAGCAGCGAUCCAACCAGCCCAGCAAAACUUGUCCUGCAACUCUGAGAAUCCUUUGAACCCAACGGUGUAACGGAGCAGACAGACACUCAUUGCGGUGAGUGAGUGCAUGCGGCGUUAGAAGACCAAGAUUGUGAAACCAAGUCUCUUCAGUCUUCAAGAGUUGCAUUUCCAUGGCAAAGUACAUUGGACUUUUUUGGAACUUUGUAUCAUUUAAUACUGCUUCUUCAGAUUUACAAUUAAUAUAACCCUUGCAAAGCAGUGUGAAUCAAACUGUCAGUCUGGAGCUGGAAUUGGUCUUUUGUACAAUAAAUCCUUUUCACUUUGUUCCUGGGUCAAGUUUAUGAUAUUGGACAUGCAAAUGCCUUCAAGGUUCACCGAACUGGGAUGAAAAAGCAGCCACCUCAAACAGCACAGCAAAGCUUGAAACAAGGUCUCUUCAGUCUUUAAGAGUUACAUUUCCAUUACAAAGUAAUCCUGCACUUUGGAACUUUGUGUCAUUUAACACUGCUUCAAAUUUACAGACAAUAUGCAGUGAGUCAAACUGUAAUUUGGGAGCCAUUGUUUUUUUUUUUUUUUAGUAGAAUAAGUUCCUUUCACUUUUUUUCUUGGGUCAAGGUUAUGAAAUAUUGAAAACACAAAUGCCUUCAAUUUUCAGCAAACUGGGAUGAAAAAGCUACUGCUCCGACCAGCCCAGCAAAGCUUGACCUGUAACUUCAAGAAUCAUCCAAGUGCAACGAAGUGGACGACAUUGCUGUGAGUGAUUGCAUGUGGUGGUGGCCCUCAGCAUGGUGUUGCCACCACCAGACAAGCGGCAUGUGUGUCUUACCACCUUUGUGAUCAUGACCAGCAUGGCCUUCAUGGACGCCUACCUGGUGGAGCAGAACCAGGGCCCACGAAAGAUCGGCGUCUGCAUCAUUGUCCUGGUCGGGGACGUCUGCUUUCUUAUCGUCCUCCGCUAUGUGGCGGUUUGGGUUGGAGCAGAAGUGCGGACGGCUCGACGAGGAUACGCCAUGAUCCUGUGGUUCCUCUACAUCUUUGUGUUGGAGAUCAAGCUUUACUUUGUCUUCCAGAAUUGUAAGGCUGACCGAAAGAGUCUGGAGACUGUCGCCCGAAAAGCUUUGACUUUAUUGCUGUCUAUUUGUGUGCCAGGCCUCUACCUGGUUCUGGUGGCUCUGGACAGCAUGGAAUACGUCCGUACCUUUAGGAGAAAGGAAGACAUGAGGGGUCGGCUCUUCUGGGUGGCUUUGGACUUGCUGGACCUGCUGGAUAUGCAGGCAAACCUUUGGGAGCCACAGCGGACGGGUUUGCCCAUUUGGGCUGAAGGUUUGAUGUUCUUCUACUGCUACAUUUUGCUUCUGAUUCUUCCCUGUGUGUCCCUAAGCGAGAUCAGUGUGCAGGGCGACCACGUGUCUCCCCAGAAGAUGAUGCUCUAUCCUCUUCUCAGUCUGGUCACCAUCAACAUCGUCACCAUCCUCAUACGUGGCGUCAACAUGGUGCUCUUCCAGGACAGCCGGGUUUCCACCAUCUUCGUCGGCAAGAACGUGGUGGCUAUCGCGACCAAGGCGUGCACCUUUCUAGAAUACCGAAAACAGUCACGAGAAUUCCCGAAUCGAGAGAACGCGACAGGAAUUCCCAUGGAAGUCCAGCAGAACUCUGUGGGACACGGACAAGCUCUGCCGAAUGCUACGAGCCUCCCACAUGAACCCACUCCAGCGCGGGAGAUUAUGGAUACAUGACCAAGGAACCAAAAAGUCUUUCGUUUGAUGCAACUGUACUUGGGGCCAACAAGGAGCAUUUGAACCAACAGAUAAUGAACUGUUUUGGGGUACUUUGGUACAACAUUUCAGCAUUAUAAGGUGCUCCGUCCUGUUCUUGACUGAGGUAAAUCAGCCAGUUUAGAGCUGUGUUGUUCAAAGGAAAACAUUCAGUGUUUUAUAAUUCGUUCUCCUCCAUCUUCUCCACAGUUAGCAAUGAAAAAGUGUUGUUUUCUUUCUGUACAGUAGUGGAGUGACUGUGGUACAAAACACGUUUCCCGUUUGAGACCAAACUCUUGCUUCCACAUCCACUUUUAUGUGUCUGACUUCCUGUUGUAGAUGCAUCAGAUAUUUGCCUUUCUUGCAAGUACAGAAUGUUGGAACUAGAGUGUAAGAUUGAGGGAACUAGAUAGGUGAGGUUGAUGAUUAUGAUCAAAUGUUGGGGAGUAGUCCUACAUGCCUGCAGUAUGUGUUUGCUCUUGUGUUUUAUGAUGUGUUAAUGACAUUAAAGAAAUGAGAAUGAGUAAGAAAGUAAGAAAUUUGUAUCCGAUGACUAUGAAAUUCCAUAGGAAAUAAGUCAGUGAAUGCACUUCCAAUUGAUUGGUAUAUGGAUUAUUAUUAUUAUUAUUGUUAUCAUUAUUGUUAUUGUUAUUAUAUAUAUAUAUACAGGGCUUGACAUUAACACCCGCCAACCCGCCAAAUGCGGGUAGAUUUCCGCUGUGGCGGGUAAG